GCAGCGAUUACAGCACCGGUGCCAUAUUCAACCGAGACAACCGGCGUGCUAAAAUAGGGAAAAAAUAACAGUCAUCCGUUGACAUUCUAGAUUAGAUUAGAUAUCAUUGAUGCCAGCGAUGUUGGUGAAAUUUGCAACAGCGCUGUUGGUGCUUUCAGUUUUUGAGCAAGUAGUAGGCACGGAUAUGAUUGAUUUUCACGAAAACCCGCAAGAGAAACCGUCAAACCAGAAAGGACGCCUUUCCUUACAGAACACAGCGGAGAUCCAGCACUGCCUGGUGAGCGCGGGGGACGUGGGCUGUGGAGUGUUCGAGUGCUUCGAGAACAACUCCUGCCAGAUCCAGGGCCUGCAGGAGAUCUGCCUGACCUUCCUGCACAACGCCGGGAAGUUCGACUCGCAGGGGAAGUCCUUCAUCAAAGACGCGCUCAAGUGCAUGGCCCACGGCCUGCGGCACAAGUUCAGCUGCAUCAGCCGAAAGUGUCUGGCCGUGAAGGACAUGGUGUUCCAGCUGCAGCGCGAGUGCUACGUCAAACACAACCUGUGCGCCGCCGCCGAGGAGAACGUCAACGUGAUGGUGGAGAUGAUCCACUUCCAGGACCUGUUCCCCAAGGGGCCGUACGUGGAGCUGGUGAACACGCUGCUGGCUGUGGGGAGGGGCUGAAGGAGGCGCUGGGCCGGAGCGUGAGGCUGCAGUGUGAGCAGAACUGGGGGGGCGCUCUGCGAGACCCUGAGCUUCUGCUCCCCCC